AUGGUUGCUGUAUUCAACAAAGAGCUUUUGAGUUGGUACCUAAUCACCCUCAAGCUCAAAGAAACAGUUGAAUCUGGCCUUCAGAAUGCUCAAAGUCCCACCACCACCAGAUCAUCUGAGUUCCCUGCACAAUCCCACCAAGAACACCUGCAGAAACAAGAAAAUGAAGUAUGGAAUUCAUUGCAAAUCGAGGCCAAGGAUGAAGUCCAGGAUGAUGAAGAUGAUAAGGGCCCCACUUCACCCAAAUCCGAGUGGGUGAUCAGCAUCAAAGAAAAACUCAAUCAAGCUCGCCAAGAGGACGCAGCUGGCUCGUGGGCAAAACUCUGCAUCUAUAGGGUUCCUCAGUGCCUCCGGGAAGGCGAUGACAAGGCCUACAUUCCACAGAUUGUCUCUUUGGGCCCUUAUCACCAUGGCAGGAGGCGUCUACGCAACAUGGACCGCCAUAAAUGGCGUGCCCUUUACCACAUUCUCAAGCGUACCAAUCAAGACAUGCAACUGUAUCUUGAUGCAGUAAAAGAACUCGAGGAAAAGGCACGUGCUUGUUAUGAAGGAUCUAUAAAACUUGGUAGCAACGAGUUUGUCGAAAUAAUGGUGCUUGAUGGCUGCUUCAUUCUUGAGCUCUUCCGUGGCGUUGCUGGGGGAUUUACACACCUUGGUUACUCUAGAAAUGAUCCAAUAUUUGCUAUGCGCGGUUCGAUGCAUUCAAUUCUACGUGAUAUGAUCAUGCUUGAAAAUCAGAUCCCUCUGUUCAUACUUGAUCGAUUAUUAGGCCUUCAGAUUGGAAAUCCAGAUCAGCGAGGGAUGGUAGCUAAGUUAGCAUUGAGGUUUUUCGAUCCGUUAAUGCCAACAGAUGAGCCAUUGACAAAGAGUGACAGAAACAAAUUGGAGUCGUCUAUUGGAAACUCGAGCACCUUUGAUCCAUUAACUGACCAAGGUGGGCUACAUUGCCUGGAAGUUUUCAGGCGGAGUCUUCUGGUGAUGCGCACAGGGCCAAAACCAACUCCUAGAAUAUGGAUCAAAAGAUGGUCACACACUAAUCGAGUAGCAGAUAAACGAAAACAGCAAUUGAUUCAUUGUGUCACUGAGCUAAAAGAUGCAGGGAUCAAAUUCAAGAAAGGGAAAACGGAUCGAUUCUGGGACAUUAAGUUCAAGAAUGGAAUCCUCAAGAUUCCUCGUCUCUUAAUCCACGAUGGUACUAAAUCACUCUUCCUUAAUCUGAUAGCAUUUGAGCAAUGCCAUUUGGAUUGCACGAAUGACAUAACAUCAUACGUAAUUUUUAUGGAUAACUUGAUUGAUUCGGCCGAGGAUGUGAGUUAUUUACACUACUGUGGAAUAAUUGAACAUUGGCUUGGGAGUGAUGCAGAAGUUGCGGAAUUGUUCAAUCGCCUUUGUCAAGAAGUUGUUUUCGACAUGAAUGAUAGUUAUCUUUCGAGGCUGUCAGAACAAGUUAACAAAUACUAUGAUCAUAGAUGGAAUGCUUGGAGGGCAAGUUUGAAACACAGAUAUUUCAACAGUCCAUGGACGAUUAUUUCGUUCAUAGCUGCUGUCUUUUUGCUGCUGCUGACCUUUGCGCAAACAUUUUACGGGGUUUAUGGAUAUUACAGACCAAGUUCUUGA